AUGGCCCGCCGCGGGAUCCACCUGGACAUCAUCAAUCCGACCAUUGGGCGGAGUGUCUCGCCCGAGUCGCUUGCCCGCUGGAUGGAUCUAUAUACCACGACCCGGGAUGUUGUUCGCGAUCCCGCCACGUACGAGCAACGUGGCCGACCCUUGGCCGUGACACACGAGGAGGCCGAUUUUAUCCUGGCGGCUCUCGAGUUGGAACCCACGUUAUAUAUCGAUGAGCUCCAAUCUCAUAUUCAGGCGAUGACUGGGAUGGUUCAUCCUCUGGCGACAAUCACGGACGAGUUGCGUGUUCGACUUCAACUUACGAAGAAGACCGCGCGCACAGUGCAUCCAUCGCAAUGCCCGGUCCAAAGGGCUCAUUUCACCUCUCGAGUGGGGGCAUUUCCCCCGAGCUACUUGGUCUUCAUGGAUGAGUGUGCGGUUUCGCUUGGGACUCACUCUCGCGACCGGGCUUGGGCCAUUCGGGGUCGCCGCACGCAAAGGAUUCCCAAGCCACUCACAUCAGCGCGGGUGAGUGUCUUGCCGGCGGUGUCUUUGACUGGUAUGCUUGGCGUGAUUGCGCACGAAGGUUCAAUGCUCCGCGCGGACGUGGAGUACUUCUUAGAAGAGGUCUUGAUGCCCGUGAUGGGGAGAUUCCCCGGUCCCAACAGCGUGCUUGUCUUAGACAAUGCCCAGGUUCACCAUGGAGGCCGGGUCCGAGAGAUUUGCGAGGUCAACGGGGUGCUCAUGAUCUACUUGCCGCCAUACUCUCCGGACUUCAACCCGAUAGAGAAGGUUUUCUCUGUCUUGAAGAGCGGCUUGAAACGCGCUCAGAUUUUGACCGGCACCGACGAUGACCCCGAGAUAAUCAUGGAUUUCUUGGCGACGCUCGUGACCCCUCGCCUAAUGGAAGGGCUUUUUUAUGGCAGCGGGUAUUCUGCUUAG